AGAUAUUCUGAACCAUGUUGAAACCAUUGUUCUCAUCCUUUUGGAGCGGAAGUAACGAGCCAGAGCCAGAGGACCCAGAGAUCCGAAUUGUCCUUUUAGGGAACCCAGAAGAUAAGAAACAGGCUUGGAACAUCAUCCUCGGCCCAGAAACAUUGGAAGCCAGCCCUGCAAGAAAGCCUCAACUGUUGGGAAUCAGGGAGUGGAAGGAAAGGAAAGUUGUCCUCAUUGACGCACCAGAGAUUUCUCAGCUCGACAAAGCCAAGAUCUCCCCUACAGAUCUCCUUCUCUCCAGACCAGGCCCUCAUGCUCUGCUCUUGGUGACCCGGCCGGAGCAGUUUAAUGAAGCAGACCAGGCAGUAAGACCAUGGAUCCAGGGAGCCUUUGGCCAGGAAGCCUUGAAGAGCACCAUCCCUGUCUUCACUGGGAAAGACACUAGAAGAAGCAUGGAGGGUGAUUUAUCAUGUUCAAACCUUAAACAAAUGAUCCAGGACCAUUACAGCUAUUACUCUAUAUUUGACAGUGAAGAAGAGCCAGGAAAAAGCCAGGCGGCGGAGGAGCUACUGGCAAAGGUUGAGGAAAUUGUGGAGAAGAACCCAGGCAGCUGUCUCUGCAUCACUAGCAUGGAUGAAAGCCUAAAAGAAAGGAAAACUAGAGGGGAAGAAGGUGUGCAAACGGACAGCGAUGUGGAAAAGGUGCAGGAUGUGAUGGAGGUUCAAGGAAUGGGGAAAGAAGGCUACCAAGAUGAGGCAGAGCCAGGAAGCCGCCACCAGAUUUCUGAGGAACCGGAGCUGCGUAUCGUCCUUGUAGGGAAGACGGGAGCCGGGAAAAGUGCGACAGGGAACACCAUCCUCGGGAAAGAGCGGUUUGACUCCAGACUUGAACUCAGCCCUGUAACCAAAUUUUGCCAGCUGAGAAUCCAGGAGUGGAAGGGGAAACGGCUUACAGUGAUGGACACGCCUGCCAUUUUUGACUCCAAGGAAUCCCAAACUUUCGAUGAGAUCGAGCGCUGCCUCCGUCUCUCCAGGCCAGGGCCCCAUGCGCUGGUGCUGGUGUCCCAACUGGGCCGCUACACAGAGGAAGACCACCAAGCAGCAAAGCGGGUCAAGGAGAUAUUUGGCCCCGAGGCACAAAACCACACCGUCGUUGUGCUUACGCACAGAGAAGACUUGCGGAGGGUAAGCCUGAAAAACUACAUCUCUGACACAGAUAACAAGCAUUUUCGGGAUCUGAUCAAGGCCUGUGGCGACCGAUACUGCGGCUUCAACAACAACGAAGUGGGAGAGGAGCAGGAAAAGCAAGCAGAGGAGCUGCUUUUUAUGAUUGAGAAGAUGGUACUGAAGAAUAAAGGCAAGCCCUACUGUAUUCCAAAACCAGAUUCAAAUGUAAAAUCACAACUAAAGAAAAGAAAAGCAGAGAGGGAAGGACAGAAGCCACACAACGCAAAGAAGAAAGGGACUGAAGUCUAAGUGCUGAGACCCAGGAUACGCGGCUGUGGUCUUUUUCCAAGCAUGAAAAGCCCUUUGCAUGUUGGGAGGAUGGCAUCCUCUCCUGCUUUCUUUCUGCUGAAAUUUUCUCUUGCGGUUUUUGCUUAUGCCUAACUACUUAAUCGUCUCAUUAACUUGUUAAUUAACUAGGCCUUUCUUUUAUAUAUAGAUUUAUUACGAUCAACUGAUGAAACAUAAUUAACUGGGGGUUUUUUUAGAAAAGAGGCCUCAUGUAUUAGGUUUCCUGACUGAUGUGACUCCCACACUUUAGUGAGCGAUUAAUUUUGAACCAUGACAUUUGUUAGAAAGAGUCCUCCUUCCUCUGGCAGAUUUAGUAAAAUCGGAAAGCCUAAAGAGAAGGAUUCGGGUUGGAGGAAAUGUACCACGUGGCUCUUUGGUUAGAGGAAGAAGUGCUGGGGAAGAGUGCUUCCGAUGGACACUUCCCAAAGAAGCUUCUGAGAUCCCCCGUUUUCUAUCCGUCUUUUGUAGAGCUGUAUUUGUGCCUUCAGCUUCACUUAAAACAAUAAAAACAAA